AUGACUUGGACACCCGAUCCCAAUGCAGUUGAACAAUUAAAACACAUUUUCCAAGGCACUUUAUCAUCCAAUAAUGAAGAGCGAAAGUUGGCUAACGAAGCUUUGAUUCAAGCUAAACUAAAUCUUGAAAUCGAAAAUUACUUGUUUACGAUUCUAGUUUUUGAUAAUUCUGCCAAGCCAGAUGUUCGAGCAGCUGCUGGUAUUAAUUUGAAAAACAUCAUUUUGAAAAAUAAAAGCAAUUAUCUGAUUGAUAGAAGCUAUAUCACAAGUAACAUAAUCCAAGGCUUAACUAGUCCUGAUGCUAUGGUGAGAAAUAUCACGGGGAAUGUCAUCACUUCGUUGUUUUCCAUAUAUGGAAUUACCCAUUGGGGAACUGCUUUAACAAGCUUAUUAACUUUGGCCCGUGAUGGACAAAACAAUGAAGUCAGUGCGAAACUUGGCCAUGAUCAACAAUACUCCACCCAGGAAGCAGCAAUGAGUGCUCUUGCGAAAAUUUGUGAAGAUUCCUAUUUGCAACUUGAUCGUGAAUAUAAUGGCGAACGACCAUUGAAUUUCUUAUUACCUGAAUUUUUGAAAUUGAUGGAUCUGCCAAGUAUGAAAGUCAAGGCAUAUGCUGUGCAUUGUUUCAACCAGUUUAUCAUUUUGGACACUCAAUCUUUUCUUGUAUUGAUUGAUCAAUUUUUGACUAAAAUCUUUCAAUUGGCUCAAGAUAGCGAUAGCAUUGAAACCUCUGAUGCUUAUAUAUUGAAAAAGAACAUUUGUACUGCGUUUUUGUCAAUUUUGGAAACAAGACCAGAUAAAUUGGCACCACAAAUUGAAGGAAUAAUGAGUUAUUGCUUACAUGUGAUACAGAAGGGAACAAACAACGAAUUGAGUUUAGAAGCAGCCGAGUUUUUGUUGACAUUGGCAAGCUCUAGUGAUUUCAAGGCUGUCUUUACGACGGAUAAAUUGAAAGUGAUUUUGCCCAUAUUGUUGGACAAAAUGGUGUACUCGGAAGAAGAAAUGUUCCUCAUGGAAGUCGCCGAUAACAAUGAUGAUGCUGAUGUGGCUGAUAAGGAUGAAGAUAUAAAACCAACCAAUGCCAAAUCAAAAGAAGCUAGGAGAAUCAAUGGGACAGCAAAUGGAGAUGUUACAAAUAACGGUGCAAAUGGAAUAGGUGCGACCAAUGGUCAAGGUGACGACGACAAUAAUGACAAAGAUCAAGAUGAUGACGAAGAUGACGAGGAUGACGAAGAUGAUGAUGACGACAUGGGUGAAUGGAGCUUGAGAAAAUGUUCGGCUGCUACUUUGGAUGUCUUGAGCGAAAAUCUACCACAAGAUGUUCUCAUUUUGGCGUUACCCAUUUUGCAAGAGAAAAUUGUAUCGACGCAAUGGCCAAUCAGAGAAGCGGCAAUAUUGGCAUUUGGUGCCAUGAGUAACAGUUUUAUCAACUUGGCCAGUGAUAAAUUGCCCGAGUUGGUUCCAUUCCUUGUUGAUAGGUUACAAGAUGAACAGCCAAGAGUAAGACAAAUUGCAUGUUGGACGUUAUCCAGAUAUGCUGCGUGGGUUAGCCAAGAGGCACAUGAAGGUGGUGAGUAUGCCACUUUUUUCCAACCCACUUUCCAAUCGAUUGUUGCUUGUGCUUUGGAUUCCAAAAAAAUUGUACAAGAAGCUGCUUGCUCUGCUUUAUCGGCAUUCAUUGAAGAAAGUGAUCCACAAUUGAUUGAGUUUUAUCUUGAACCAUUGCUUAAUCAUUUUGCUCAAUGUUUCCAAAGAUAUCAACGUAAAAAUUUGAUUAUUUUGUAUGAUUGCGUGCAGACAUUUGUUGAAAAGAUGGGAUAUGAAAAUUUAUCACGAGAUCCCAAUUAUGUUUCCAUCUUGCUACCUCCCUUAUUGCAAAGAUGGGACCAAUUACCGGAUGAUGAUACCGCUUUGUGGCCCUUGCUUGAGUGUAUGGCAUCGGUUGCUGCCACUUUGAAGGAAUUGUUUGCUCCAUAUGCCAUUCCAGUGUAUGACCGAGCUUUGAAGAUAUUGUCAAAUUGUAUCAUAAUGGAUCAAAGCUGUCAAACUGAUCCAUCGAUAGAUACACCAGAGAAGGAUUUCAUGGUCACGUCAUUGGAUUUGGUGGAUGGGUUGAUACAAGGAUUUGAGUUUCAUUCAAUAGAUUUGAUUCAACAUCAUGACAAACCCAGUUUUGACUUGAUUGACUGUUUGUUGGUGUGUUUUGAGGAUUUCAACUCUGAUGUUAGACAAUCAGCUUAUGCGUUACUUGGAGAUAUGGCCAUCUAUACUAUCGAUCUUUUGAAACCGUAUUUGCAUCUGAUAUUCAUUAGUAUUGGCAAUGAGAUAAAUAAUAGAAGUUCAGAGACAUUCCCAGUUUAUAACAAUGCUAUCUGGGCAUUGGGUGAAAUGGUCAUUAGAUUACCAGCCAAGGACUCGGAACCGUACUUGUCGAAUUUGAUCAAUCUACUAGUACCCGUCAUCAAUAGUGCCGACACUCAAGUGACGGUGUUGGAGAAUUGUGCCAUAUGUUUAGGAAGGAUGGGUCUUGUAGGGGCGGAACUACUCGCACCAAGGUUGAUCGAGUUUAUAACCCCUUGGUGCACCAGGUUUGUUCAUUUGGUGGAUAAUGAAGAGAAACAAACUGGAUUGCAAGGUAUGUUGAAAAUCAUUGAGGUAAACCCCGAUUCUGGUUUUGGUGGUUUGCAAACUCAACAAGGUAAAGUCAACCUCGCUAAAUUUUUAGAAGUCUUGGCAAGUUAUGAUGACGCAACCAGCGAAUUACAGCAACAAUUUUUGAACUUGAUCAAUCAUUACAAGUCAGUGGUGGGACAAGAGGGGUGGAAUCAAGUGUUGAAAUUUGUUAGUCCUACGUUGAGAAAUAGCUUAGAUAUUUAA